ACUCAUUCAGCGUUUCAGUGCGUUAUUCGGCGUCUUGGCGCGAUGUUCUAGUGCGAGGAUACGAUAUGGUGGGCUAGUUAAUUGGCGCAUCCACCAUUUUUAACUGUGCAUUUUCAGGAUCUUAGUAGAAUGCCAUAUGUGGGGAAAUUGUGUUGAUAAGUGACAAUAAUUGUGCACGAUGAAAUUUUCUUAUUUGCUUUUCUUCAUCUAUCUUCUUAGUGUAGACGCGCAGAGGAGAUCGGUGAAGUCUGAAUUACUAUCCGAAAAUGAACCGCAACCAAAAACAGCGAGACGAGGACGAGCUAGAUUUACUCUAACUUCGGAAACUCCUCAAAUCGAAGAACCGAAACGACCGGAAGUACCUAGUCGGAGAUUAAGUUCACGCAGAAGACCAGAGACAACUCCUGUUAAGAUAAAUAAAAGUUACGAAGUCGAAGAAAUCGUUGAUGAAACGCCUCUAGAAACAUUACGAAGACCUAAAUCGAAAUUAUUUGUUGAAACACCAGUCGAAUCAGUCCGAAAACAUAGCAGUGCAAAAUCGUAUACUGAAGCUAAAUUCGAGGAAUUUCCAGUCGAAUCAAUCCGGAGACCUAGUAGUGCAAAAUUGUACACUGAAGCAAAGUUUCACGAAACUCCAGAGUCUUUAAGACGACCAACCAAAUCAAGAGUUUUAACAGAAACUAAAUACGAAGCUCAAAAUGCGCCCACUUCCAAUGCUUUGUUUCAACCAUCCACUACCGAAAAUUUAGAUGAAAUAAUAAAAAGUAUCGGUGAAGGUUUAGACACAACUUCCUCGUCUGUGUCUUUAUCAUCGACUCUUCCCUCUAGUUUAGAAUCUUUGUCAUCUGAAAUAACUGCAAGUGAGAUAACUAAACCUGAUAAUGAUAUCAGUCGAACUCAACCUGAAACUACUACUCCGAUAACUUCAAGAACCACGAGACGAAGUAAUGGACGAGCUAGAAGUAACACAGCGAGUCCUACUGUUGCGUCCAGAGUUCGUUCAAGAACUAGAGCUACUAGAAGACCAGAAGAACCAAGUUCUACUCCCACUGCCGGUAGAACAGUUCAUAGAGGAGCAAGACGUCGAAAUGAACCUUCUUCUGUUGAAUCUAGAACUAGAGGACCUUCAGUAAUACAAACUGCUGAAACCGUGGAAACACCAACACGAUCACGAAACGGUAGGCGAACCCCCGGAACUGCUGCUAGAAGAAAUGAAGAAGUGACAGUACCGGAAAAAGUAACCCUCGACCUCCCCCAAUCUCGUAGGUUGGGUAGUAGAAAAAGUGUUGAAACGACAACGUUUAGAAGUCGAACUAGAACACGUUCUAGGGAUAUUCCCCCAAUCAUAGAUGAACAAAAGUUGGAAGUUUUACCUCUCUUUGAACGAGAAAGCAAAACUGUAAAACCCUUAAGGAAUAGUAGACGUCGUAAUAUAAAUUCUGCCGAAGAAGUUGAAACCAGUGCUACCGAAAAUGAUAUAAAAAUCGCCCCAAAACCACCUAAAGAAUCCGUGGUUGUUGCAACCAGAACUGAAUCUACAAUCAAGCGAAGGAAAAUUAUUAGUAAAGUAUCUCGUAGAUCAUCGACUAGUAAACCAACGGUACAAACAAGUAAACCCACAGUUCAGACCCCUAAACCGACAAUUGCAACUCGUAAACCUGUAGUUAAAGAAUCUGUGAUUUCUGAAGUGUCGGAAGUGACCUCAAAACGGACUGUAUCUAGACAAAAUAAAUUAGCGAGGGCUAAAACCGAAACUCCUAAAUUUGUCCAAAGAGGUACGAAAAAGUCUGAGAUAAAGUUGACAAACGUGGUAAAAAAUAAAUCAAGUGUGACAAGUUCAGAGGAAGAGAUCGACGAUUCUGAUAAUUAUCCUGAACAAUUCAAAGCAUUGUUACAAGCUAAGAAACAGAAAAAAGAGUCAAGGUCGCAACAUCGUCUUGUUACUGCGGCUCCAGCAGUCACGAAGACAACAGAGAAGGUCGUGAACUCUUCUCCGAGCUCAACAACGCCAGUCAUUGCAUCGGAAGCAAGCCGCCAGCAGCUGGAAGAAUCCGAAAAUGAGUUAGUUCCUCGGAAAGUGCAACCAGGACGCCGGUUUACUCAAACCACCGAAAAAGCCACUAGGCCAACGAGAAAAAGUAAAGUUGUUCGCUCGACCACAAUUGCGCCAUCAACAUCUACAAGAGAGCACAGAUUCCAUGCUAAAUUUAACACCGAACCAGAAGCCACGACUAGUAAUCCAGUGAAAUCGGCGAGGAGUUUGCCGCCGAAACCUCCUCGUGGAUUAUAUAGCAGCAGAAAAACGAAGGAAAGUUAUACGAAAAAUAAAAGUCCAUCAGGACAGAUUCCAACGCCGAAAAAAUCGAAUCGAUACAGUUCGAGAUAUCGCAACGACGCUGCUGCGAGAGGUGCUAUUCGAACCAGUACGAAUGCCCCAGCUUACUUACCUACUAUACCGACUAUCACUCCACCAACGACUUUGGUAAAAUCGUCCUACCGAGAUAAAGAUUUGGGAGUGGAGGUAAUCAGUUUCGAUGACCCUGUGAAUACGGUACCCUCAGCAAAUCUAGUUAGCGGAGAAUACCUCGCUUCCUCGACUGAAAGUCACCUAACUAGUCCCUUGGUAUCGGCAUCCCAAACCAAGACCACCGAAAAACCCUUUUCAAUUAUCGAGAGUAUAAUAAAUUCCAUAACUGCUAUUUCCACUACCGAAGCACCCGACCCAACAAAACUAACAUUUUCGACUGAUGAUCCGACAAAACAAUCCGCCAUUUUAAAACUGGCAACCAAAAAACCGACAAAACUUGACAAGACACAAACCACCCAAAUAAUUCCUGUUGUGACAGUGACUAGUGAAAAACCUACAACCAUCAUCGAAAGAAUUCUAAGUUCUUUGUCAGCUAUUCAAGCUGAUAACACCACGGACACAAAAAAAUUCAAAUCGAAACAAGUAGGUAGCAAUUUUAAUACCAUUAGUUCUCCGUCCACCACACCUAUCACUAGAGUGACUAAAUCUACGCUUUCUGCACAAUACAGCACCACUGUGAAUCCUUUGACUGUAUUAGAUGAAAUUUCAAAUGAACAAACUUUGCAAAAACGCACCAUAGGUAAAUUAUUAGCUCUUCUCAACACUUUAACUUCGACGACGCCACGUUCACGUCCCACACAAUUAGUUGUUGUUACGCCGAAAGCCACGAACUAUGUAGUUGGCACUAGUGUUGUACCCACAUCGGCCAUUGCUACAUCCACAACUAUCGAACCUAUACUAAGCUCAACUAUAACAACAACCACAACAACUGAACCUACGACAACAAGUACUACUACCACUACCACAACAACUUCUAAUCAACUUUUUACAUCGCCGAGUCCAGGUGGCGUGUCUAUAAAUUCAAGAGCAAAACCUCCAGAAUCGACCACCAUGAGAUACACAACAACACCAACAUAUACUACAUUGUCUACUCUAAUGCCGCCUACGACCACAAUGAACUCGCUCACAACACUUUCUCGAACUGAAGCAGUUCCAACAACAAUGACUCCUAAAGAUAUUUCAAAUGAAAUUGGAGCUCUUCCUCUUUCGUUCGAAACGGGUGGUAGUACCACACCGUCUACUACUACUGAUUCUUCUUUAUCAAUCAGUACUACUUUACCAAGCACUGAAUCAUCUAUCGAUACUGAAACAGGUUUUGUGUUUCCUUCAACAUUACCAGCAUUAGUAAAUUUUGAAGUAAGUCCAGGCAGCGUGUCUAUCUUCUCUGCUAAUGAUUUGUCUAAUGUAAUAACACCAGAAGAUGGUCCUAGUACCACAGUAACUAUUCCAGGCAGAACUAAUCUUCCAGAAACUGACAUAACAACUCAAACGAGUACUGAUGUCACAACUCCUAUUCAAACUACUACUCCUUUUCCUAAUUCUGCUGAUAGUAACGCAAAAACGCAAACUAGUGUCACUUUAAACAGUCGUAUUGCUUCAACUGAUCCUAGUACUACUCCUAUGAGUACGACAGUUCCUAGCGCCACAGAGGCGCCGAGUACUACAACGCAGAAUCCGACUACUACUGAUAGUAGUACUACCACAAUGGCUGUCACUAAUACUUCAUCUCAAGACAUUUCCUCUAACGUUAUUGAUACAACAGGCUCCCCCGAGAAAUCUAAUACUAGCACUGUCAUUCCUCUGACUAAUAUCACUUCGAGAACGUCGGGUCGUUCCGGCCGCCUUUUGAACGUAGUUCAAGACUCUGUACAAAAUUCCAUCGAAAAUACGACCAGUCGAGACAAAGAUUACUACAUUUUCGCCGUGUUAAAUAACAAUACUGUCUUGCGCAAACGACCAAGUAGAUUCCCAAAUAAAGAAACACCCUUCCUUAUUGUCGGUGUGUACCCUAACAACACCAUAGUGAGAAAAUUCCCCAAUGGUUCCUUUGUUCCAAUGGAACCUGUUAUAAGGGUAAGCGGAUUCGAUACACGCGAAAACCCUCCACCCUUACCGGAAAUAACCAGUAACCAAGUAACCCCCGACCAAGGCAGCCGACCGGAUAAUAAAAAUCUUCAAACGGUUGAACAAAAUACAAUACCACCUAUAGAGGCAAAUCCAUUGUCUAUAAGUACUGUUAAUAAUCCACCAACCACCGGAACUACACCUAGUAGUACCGUUCAAGCAAAUCCAUUAUCAAUUAGUAGUAGUAGUAGUACCAGCACAACUGAAAGUAGCACUUCUAGAAGCACUAGUACUAGUAGACCAGCGCCUGUUUCUACGACUUCCGCUACUACAACAUCUAGCACAACUUCUGCUGCAACUUUGCCAACUCUGACGGAAAUUUUAACGGGAAGAACCGGAAAAGCUUUCAAUAGUAUCAUAAAUAUCUCCGAUCUAACUAAAGUCGAGACGCUUAAAGUCGAUCCGAAGACAAAUCGGGUUUUAAAUGCCGACGAGUUAAAAAAUAUAACUGGCGUUAUUUUUCGAUGGAAACCAGUGACAAGUUCAACGUACAUGUUUCAGACCGAUUUUAUGUCGACCACUCCUCCAUCGCCAACUCUCUCAAAUCGAAUUUUAGACAAUCCGUCAACAAUGCCUCCAAUGACGUUGCCACCUACAAUUCGAUUAACAACAAUGCCACCAACGAUGUUGCCACCAACAAUUCGAUUAACAACAACCCCAACAACAACAUCAGUCCCAACAACAACUCCAGUUUUCACAACAACAACAAUGCCUCCUACUACAACACCCAUACAAACGAGAAGACCAACAACGAUACCUCCUUUCACUCAACCUGUAACUAGUUCAUUCCAAACAACUGCAGGUUUUCCGACGAGUACUUUCUUCCCGCAAUUUUUGACCACUUUGUUCUCAACUAUUCGUCCAAGGAGGGUAUCAACAACAGAAGCGCCAAUUACAAUUGUGACACCAAUUUCAAACAGAAUUCAACCUGUCACAAGUCCAAGAGUUGACAUAAAUACCAAUGGGUUUGAUUUAACUACAGCUGGAAGUACUAGACGACCCACUGCUGUUGAUUUAACAACUGGUACUACUCGAAGAGUUACUACAACAACAGUACCUACAACUUUGCCUUUCACGGUACCUAUUAGUACUACAGUUAGAAGUAGAAGACGAGGUACUACUACUACAAUUCCAACCACAACCACAAUUCUGACAACGACAACGACCACAAAUCCGCCAACAACAAGGAUGACAAGUCAGAGAAAUGCAAGACGUGGUACCACAACAGAGGCAACAACUACGACUACGAAUGCCACAAAAAGACUUAGACAGUUAACGGAACAACAAAGGAAAGAUUUGGAAGCCAUAGCUCAACUUGAAAGAGAACAAGCUGCAAUUCUUAGACAACUUGCCUUCCUUACUAAUUUGAAUAUUGGUGGUAAUACAAGGACCACAACAGACAGAACUGAUUUAGCUAAAAGGAUUGUUGCUUUGGCAGUUGAACGAGACAAGGACCGACCAAAACCAACAACAACAACACUAUCUCCUGAGAUUACAACCGCUGAAUCAAAACGUGAAGCCAAAAAAAUUAGCGUUUCUAGUGAUCAAUCACUUGAAGAAAUAGUGAAACAAUUUAAUAUUGUAACCCCUUCACCAAUCACCACAGAAUACGGUAAAAGCAAUGACGCUAUCAUAGCUGCUCUACUUAAAGAACAAGGAAUUGGUCCUACAACUCCUAAAGUUCUCGAAGAUGUAUACAGUCAUACAACAACAACAACCAAACGUCCCAAACCUACAACACGUCCACCAGGCCCCCUCAUGCAAAGCUUAAAUUGGCUACUCAACGUUCUCGCCCCUCAACCAACAACUACAACUACCACUACCACUAAAAGACCAAAACCUAAAACAAAGUCUAAACCAAAACCUAAACCUAAACCCAAACCCCAAUCGAAACCUGACGAAAUAUUAACUCACCAACCCACACACAUCACACCUGUAGUGACAGCAGCACCGCGUCGAAACCUCGUCAGUUCAUUGUCACAACAAGACAUUCAAAAAUUAAUUCGACAGCUUGAAAAUAUCCAGAAAGAUCCAGCAAACUCGCAAGAGUUAGACUUUUCGCAAAUUAAGAGUCUUCAAGCGUUGCUAAAUUCUGACGAAGGGGUACAAGUGACAUCUUCGGGAAGUACGGGAGCCACUUCACGGCCAAAUACAACACCUCUUACCACCGCAAAACGCAAAAGCAAAGGGCGGGUGGCCAAAUCGACAACAGCUGUACCUUUGAGUGUCAGUAAUAGUAUUGCAGAUGAUGAAGAAUUUGUUUCGACAACUACAACAAGGUCGAGGGUUUCACUACCCCCUGUGAGACUACGACCUGUUCCUGGAAUUGAAGAUGGUGAUACCAUGGUGCGAGGCCAAUUAAUUACAGCUGCAGUGAACGUCACAAGGGCUAUUUCGUCGUUCCUAGGAACGGCUUUACAGGAUGCAGCCCAACAAGUUUCGAGACUAUUUGCAAACGGGUCUGCAAAUUUCAGAGAUUAUUUGGGCUCUAGUUCGGUUUUAGCGAACGUUUCAAAUUUUACCGCGGCUAGUAGUGUUUAGGAUGUUUCAUAUUUCUAAAAAUGGGUGCUGCCACUGGAUUCCAGUCCUUGUUGGGUUCCGGAUCUCGUGCAGUGGGAUCUUUAAUGCAAGUUUCUUCAAAUGCUUCUUCAAGACCAGGAUGAAGAAUACGUGCUAUACUUAACUGUUAUUUAUUGUAUUAAUUUGCAUGUAACUUGUUCACUUGAUUUGUUAUAAUUGCACAAACGACAUUUUAAGAUUGAUGGGAAUGUUAUUAGUCAACUGAUUCGACGUGAUAAAAUUUUAUUUCCUAUUGUUUUUUAUUUAGGUGUACUACUUAGUCAUAAUUUUAGAAAACCAGCUGAUGGCAAAUACUCGGAAAAACAUUUUAUUUUCGCUUUUUGUGUAUAUAGAAAGUGUUGUAAAUUAUUAUUGUUAUAUUAGUUAGUACGGUUUUAAUUUUAACAUUAAUUUGUAAAUAAAUUGUAGCAAUUAUCAUUAAUAAAAUACAAGACGAGAAAA